AUGUCUUGCGUCUCCAGUAUUAGUUCCAAGAGAUCAAGGUGUGAAGGCUUUGACGAUGAUUUCAUUCAUACUCCGUUGAAAAAAUGCAGUAAAGGAUACCACGAAUGGUCUCUAUCAAUUACUACUCCUGCCACUACACCUACAGGGAAACUAGAUUACAAGAGAAAGACCAAGUCAUUGGACGAUGACUUAAUCAGUUCGCCUGUCAAAUUCGGAACAGACGCAAACGUACUGAAUGCAGAAUUUCAAGAACUGUCAUUGCAGAAACUCUUGGUGUCAUUAUCCACAUCAGAUGAUUCAAAAUCUAACCCAAUUUUCCACAUUCCAGAACUGUUACAUCGGAUCUUUAAUUUCCUAGACCAUGAGUCCCUUUACCGUUGUUCCAAAGUCAAUCCGGUAUGGGCUGCUGUUGCAUCAAGCAUCAUUAAUAAGGAUUUGGUGAUUCAACAAUCUUCUAUCUCCGGCGAUUUGAAGAUUGUUGAAUUGGACCAGAAAGUACAUCCAAAGAGUCUAACUUUCUACAAGCUUAAACAGCAUAGAAACUUUAUCGAAAAUCAAUUGCCCCGUAUCAGGUUUACAAGACUCAAUUCCCUUAACUUUUACAUCAGUCCCGUCUUACCAGCGAUCUUCGAUGACGUUACCAUUUCAAACAACUUAACGAAACUAACGAUAGCUGGCAACAAGAAAAUCAAUGACGAAGAGUUAAUCUCACUGAUUUUGGGGCUGCCGAAUUUGAUAGAUUUAGACCUACGUGCAUGUUCUCAGAUCAGUGACAUUUCCAUCGUUUCUAUCGUAACGCACUGUCCCAAACUACAAAGUAUAAACUUGGGGCGUCAUGAAAACUCGCAUUUGAUUACUGAUCUUUCAAUCAUGGCACUAUCUGAGUUAGAACAUCUUACUACGGUCGGUUUCUCAGGAUGCGACAAGAUCUCUGACGUAUCAAUAUGGCAACUGUACAGCAAACAUUCAACAACGCUGGUUCGAUUGUCAAUAAAUGGCUGCACACAAAUAUCAGAUAGUAGCAUUAGCGAUAUCGUUGCCAAGCAUGGAUUUCCAAAUCUGAAAGUCUUAGAUAUCCGGAACUGUCAACUGGUUCGUUUCAAAAACUUAAUCCAAUACCGUGACUGGAGACACAAAUAUCUGAUGAAACCGAUACAUAUCCAUAUCAGUGAUUCGAUGAAGAAAGAAUUCGAAUUGCAAGAACAGCAGCUAUACAAGGAAUUCAGAACUCGGAUCGUCAACGAUCUAAAUAGAUGGGUCAACGAAGCGACCUGA